AUGAAACCUCAAUGUGUUCGAAUAAUUAUUCCUUCGAAUAAACAAAUUCAGUUUCUUGCACCAAUGCAACAGGAAAUAUUGCAACAUCCACGACCAUGUGUACCAGUACAAGUUCGUUUGAUUAAGUCAAAUGCUUCUGUUGUUAGCUCAUCUGCUAUACCUUCUACUUUGGAAAAUAAUGCUGCAUUACGCACACCACCAGCUUCAUUGAAUACCAAUCAACCAAUAUGUUCGACAAUAGUAGCAGCACCUUCAAAUCAAGAACCACCUCAAAUAUUAUCUACAUCUGCAAGUGCUUCAUUAGAAAAUACUUUUGUACAAUGCGAUUCAAUAAUAAAUAUAGGUAAAGAUAAUGCUUUUACUUAA